AUGGGCCCUGCCUCGUGUCUAGGACGACCGACCCGGAUGGCGGCCGGCGAAGGGAGGAGGAUGGCCUCACAUCUCCGGCGGUUCUUGUCCACGUUUGUGCUCCUGUGUCUGAUGGGUCACGCCAGCGGCCAGGGGAAGGGUGCUCCUCGGGACCUGAAGUGUGUGACCAGCGACUUACAAGCGUGGGACUGUUCGUGGAGAGCGCCCCCGGGAGCAGGCCGAGAUGCGCUGUACGACGUUUGCAUCAAAAACAGGUCCCGUACUUGUUACCAGUUGGGGAAAACAAAUACUAAAAUCCCAGCGCUUGCACCUGGGCACUAUGAAAUCACGAUAAGCCCUCUGCAGGAUUUUGGAAGUUCUAUCAGCAGAUUCAUACUGAGUGAAAAAAAUGUGUCCCUCAUCCCAGACCCUCCGGAGAUCCUGCGCUUGUCUGCCAAUUUCUCAACUUCCACAUUGCACCUGGAGUGGAGUGACAGGGGCUCUGCGUUUCCCCGUAUCGCAAACGUCAUUUGGGAAAUUAAAGUCCUGCGUACAGAGAACAUGGAACUCGUAAAAUUAGAGACCCUCAACACCACCCUGAGCGGCGAGGACACAGUCCUCCGCUGGAGCUGGGCCUCGGACCUGCCCCUGGAGUGCGCCCCUCACUCCGUGGGCCUGCGGCGCUACGUCGACAGCACGCACUUCUCUGGCCGCAAGGAGUGGAGCGACUGGAGCCCCCUGCAGACCGUUUCCGGGUCUGCUGAUAUUCAGAAUAAGGCUUUUCCUCAAGACAAAGUGGUGCCUGUGGGCUCAGAUAUAACGUUCUGUUUUGUGACUCAAGAAGAAGUGUCCUCAGCGCAGAUCAGCAACACAAAGUAUCCCCUUAUUCAUCUCGAUGGGGAAAACGUGGCCAUCGAGGUCCAUAACAUUUCUGUUUCUAUAAGCAGUGGAACAAAUGUGGUUUUCAUGACAAACAAGGACGUGUAUGGAACAGUCAUUUUUGCAGGAUAUCCACCUGAUAUUCCUCAGAAGCUGAACUGUGAGACCUAUGACUUAAAGGAGAUUAUCUGCACGUGGGACCCCGGGAGGCCGACGGCCUUGUUGGGCCCUCGCAGUACCAGUUACACUUUGUUUGAAAGUUUUUCUGGAGAAUCUGUUGAAUUUAAAAGAGUUGUAGCGCCCAUAAAUGAAACCUAUCAGUUAUUCUUUCAAGUGCUUCCAAACCAAGAAAUAUAUAAUUUUACUUUGAAUGCUCUCAAUCCUCUGGGUCAAUCAGAAUCAACGAUUUUCAUCAACGUGACUGAGAAAGUUUGCCCGCAUACGCCUACUUCAAUCAGAGUGAAGGAUAUUAAUUCAACAGCUGUUAUACUUUCCUGGCACUUACCAGGCAGCUUUGCAAAGAUUAAGCUGUUAUGUCAAGUUGAAAUUAACAAAGCUAAUUCAGUACGGGAAUUGCGGAAUGUCACAAUCAAAGGAGUAGACAAUUCAAAUUACCUCAUCGCCGUGGACAAGUUAAGUCCGUACACCGUGUAUGCUUUCCGGAUUCGUUGUUCUAGUGAAACUUUCUGGAAAUGGAGCAAAUGGAGCAGUGAAAAACAAUAUUUAACCACAGAAGCCGUUCCUUCCAAGGGACCGGACACUUGGAGGGAGUGGCGCUCCGACGGGAAGAAUUUAAUAAUAUAUUGGAAGCCCUUACCCAUGAAUGAAGCCAACGGGAAAAUACUCUUCUAUAACGUAUCCUGUUCAUCAGAGGAGAAAACACAGUCCCUGUCCGAGAUCCCUGACCCUCAGCACAAGGCAGAAAUCCAACUGGACAAGCAUGACUACAUCAUCAGUGUGGUGGCCAAAAACUCUGUGGGCUCCUCGCCGCCUUCCAGGAUAGCCAGCAUGGAGAUUCCCAACAAUGACCUCAGAGUAGAGCAGACCAUCGGAACGGGCAACGGGGUCCUCCUCACGUGGAGCUACGACCCCAACAUGACCUGCGACUACGUCAUCAAGUGGUGCAACGCAUCCCAGCCGCAGCCCUGCCUCAUGGACUGGAAGAAGGUCCCCGCCCACAGCACCGAGGCCCUCAUCCAGUCGGAUCAGUUCCGCCCCGGCGUGCGGUACCACUUCUUCCUGUACGGCUGCCGGGACCGCGGCUACCAGCUGCUGCGCUCCGUCAUUGGUUACGUAGAGGAGCUGGCUCCAACCGUUGCACCAAAUUUCACUGUGGAGGACACAUCUGCAGACUCCAUCCUCGUGAAGUGGGAAGACAUACCCGUGGAGGAGCUCAGAGGCUUCCUGAGAGGCUACGUGUUCUACUUUGAAAAGGGAGAGAGAGACACCUCGAAGAUGCGAGGUCUGGAAUCAGGUCGCUCCGACGUGAAAGUGAAGAACAUCACUGACCUCUCCCAGAAGACACUGCGCAUCGCCGACCUCCAGGGCAAGACCAGCUACCACCUGGUCCUGCGAGCCUACACCAACGGCGGCCUGGGCCCCGAGAAGGGCAUGUUCGUGGUGACCAAGGAGAACUCCGUGGGGUUAAUCAUCGCCAUCCUCAUCCCCGUGGCCGUGGCGGUCCUUGUGGGGCUGGUGACCAGCGUCCUCUGUUACCGGAAGCGAGAAUGGAUAAAAGAAACCUUCUACCCUGAUAUUCCUAAUCCUGAAAACUGUAAAGCGUUACAGUUCCAGAAGGCCGUCUGUGAGGGAAGCAGUGCCCUGAAGACACUGGAAAUGAACCCCUGUACCCCGAACAGCGUCGAGGUCCUGGAAACGCGAACAGCGGUCCCGAAGAUGGAGGACACGGAAAUCGUUUCCCCCGUGGCCGAGCGGGCCCCGGACGGCUCCGAGGCGGAGCCCGAAAACCCCGUGGCCGUGUCCUACUGUCCCCCCGUCAUUGAGGAGGAAAUAGCGAACCCGGGGGCGGAGGAGGCCGCGGGCACCUCCCAGGUCGUGUACAUCGACGUGCAGUCCAUGUACCAGCCGCAGGCCCAGCCGGACGCGGAGCCGGACGCGGAGCCGGGCGCGGGCGGCGGCUACAAGCCCCAGAUGCACCUGCCGGUGACCCCCGUCGGGGGCGCGGUGGCCGCCGCCGGGGACCUGGACAGCGCCGCGGGCUACCGGCCUCAGGCCAGCGUGAACGCCUGGACCCUGGUGUCCCCGGACUCGCCCCGCUCCACGGACAGCGGCAGCGACGCCGUGUCCUUCGGGAGCCCGUGCUCCAUCAACUCCCGGCAGUUCCUGAUCCCCGCGAAGGACGAGGACUCCCCGCCGUCCAACGGCGGAGGCUGGUCCUUCACAAACUUCUUCCAGAGCAAACCCAACGACUAG